AUGAAGGCAAAUCAUUGGUAUUUGCCUUGUCUGAUCAUUGGAGGAGCAACGUCAUGGCUCAACAAUGUUGCUGCAAUGGAACCACAGCAGCAGCAAGUGUUUAUGCAUCAACAACAUCCUAGCGCCGAUAUUCCACUCCAUGGACGCUAUCUUCACAUUACUGAUAUCCAUAUGGACAAGCACUAUUUAGCAGGUGCAACUAUAAAAUCGGACUGUCACCGAGAACCUAAAAAACAUAAACAUAGAAAGAAGAAGCAAGGUCUGUUGGCUGGAUACUGGGGUGCUCCUGGCAUGGAUUGCGAUUCUCCACAGAGACUGGUCUAUCACUCCAUCGAUUUCAUUGCAAGAGAAUGGAAGAACAAGAUCGAUUUCAUCAUUUGGACAGGCGAUAAUGCUAGACAUGAUGGCGAUGCCUUGGUAACUAGAACCAAAAAGGAAAUUGUUGGCUACAAUGUAAAGGUAGCUGAUCUUUUGAGAAGUGCAUUUACGCUAGACAAUAAUCGCACACUGCCCAUUGUUCCUUGCAUUGGUAACAAUGACAUUCAUCCUCACAACGAACUCAGAGGCAUGAAGAACAAUCCACAACUAUUAGAAUUCAGUGACAUGUGGAAGGACUUCAUACCGGAAAAUCAGCAAAAAGCAUUCAAAAGAGGAGGCUAUUUCGCUGUAGAUGUUGUACCAGGAUUACGAGUACUUUCAUUGAACUCGCUAUACUUUUUCGGCUCCAAUGACGUUGUGAACAGCUGCAGUGAUGUCAAUGGACCUGGUGCUCGCCAUGUCAAAUGGAUGCGUUCUCAGCUAAAGAAGGCUCGUAGAGAUAACGUGAAGGUCAUCAUCAUUGGUCAUGUGCCUCCAACCGUCAAGACAUUUAAGGAUAGCUGCUUGGAUGACUACAUCAAACUGUCCACCAAAUUUAAAGACGUGAUUACUGGUCACAUGUAUGGCCAUUCCAACAUGGAUCACUUCCAAGUGCUUAGCAGAGGAUCCGGAAACUUGGCUCGUAUUGGAUCAACAAACGGCGACGAAGAGGAUGAUGAAGAUGACAUGAUGCAAAUCCAAAAGGAUGCUGGUAGAUUCAUCUCGACACUUCGCAAGCAGUACAAGAAAAUCAAGAAAUACCGAGGUACCCAAGAUUUGGUGGUUGUCCAUGUUGCGCCACCUAUGCUGCCACUCUUCUAUCCGACAUUUCGUAUCAAUGAGUAUCAGGUGGAUCAUUCAACAGAUCAAUUUGGACAAUGGCUCAAAUACACACAAUAUUUCACCAACUUGACUUACUGGAACGAGCAAAGGCAUCCCAUCACCCGGAAGCAUUUGGCGCCAGAGUUUGAAAUUGAGUAUUCGACAGAUGCGACAUACAAUAUGACAGAUCUGACAGCUGAGAGCUGGCUCAAUUUUGCUCAGCAUAUCAGCUCAAAGCGGGGUAAAUCGCUUUGGAAAACAUACCUUGGCAACAUGUUUGUAAAGACAAACAAUGACUGGUAUGGCCAGUAA